AUGAACGAGAAAUGGCUGGAGGGAAGGGCGUUCAUACUUUUUACGCAUUUGCUUUUGUUAUCUGCUCUGUCUGUGACCAACCAACUCAUACUCAAACCGGCAGACAUGCGGCUCCAAUGUGCCUCGAGGGCACUCAGGAAGAGGCCAUUGACCUCCCGCAUCCAUGGUCAAACACGUCAUUACAAUGCUGCCGUACUGGGCGCUGGUAUAACAGGCCUCACAUCCGCCUGGCAACUAGCGCAGGACCCUCAAUGUGAACAAGUCGUGAUCUUCGAAAAGUCAGAUAGACUAGGCGGAUGGAUCGAGUCCGAAAUCCUGCCUACCCAGAGUGGCGAGGUGGUGUUUGAGUAUGGACCGCGCACAUUGAGGGCCGCGCUGCCAACGUCACUCCCUCUACUCUACUUGGCUACGAAUCUAGGCUUGUAUAAAGACCUCAUUGUCACCCCGAAAUCGAGUCCUGCGGCCCGCAAUCGCUUCAUCUACUAUCCAGACCACCUGGUUCAAUUACCAGUGCCUGAUCGCAAACUUUCACUCAUUGAUAAUCUUAAGCGAUUCAAGGAGACUUUGGAUGAGCCGCUGUUCAAAAAUUUUGUUCCAGGAAUCUUUAGGGAUAUCUUGAGUCCCCCACGGCACCUGUCCGACUGGGCGAAAGACGAGUCUGUCGCGGACUUUAUUCGACGUCGUUUUGGUGACGAUGUUGCAGAAAACAUUGUUUCAUCCGUAAUGCACGGAAUAUAUGCUGGAGAUAUAGAGCAAUUGAGUGCUCAGACAUUGUUGGGUGGAUUGCGCAACCUGGAGGGUGGCGUUGGCGGCAUUGGCGGAUUCAUUUCUGGAGGAGUCACCGGCUCUCUUAUCUCCCGGGGAUUUAAAAGAAAAACUCGAAAUGUCGAUGACUUCAUGGCCAUUGAAGCUAUAUCUGCCGGCCCUGAAUUGGUCGAACGUCAACAUUCCUUGGAAACCCUUGUCGCAAAAGCUAGCACAUUCACCUUCAAGAGGGGUGUUGGACAGCUUGUUGAAGCACUGGCUGCUUCGUUGAAGAAAUCUCCCAAAGUCGAAAUCCGCCAGAACACAACAAUUAAGUCAUUGAGUAAACUGCAAGGUUCCUCUACUAUCUCGAUUGAAUCACGAUCAACAAUCGACAACAUCAAAGCCAGCAGGACCAACUUCGACCAUGUCAUCUCCACAAUUCCCCCAGUAUCCCUCGCCAACACCAUGCACCAUACCACUGAUCGCAAAUAUGAGAACGCCAACCACACCCCAUACCUUCUCCGCAAGCAAGACUACGCCGUAACAGCCAUGGUCGUCAACCUCUACUACCCUAACCCCAAUCUCCUCCCCGUUGAAGGCUUUGGGUACCUAAUUCCAAGCUCAAUCCCCUACGAGCAAAACCCCGAAUGUGGUUUGGGCGUAAUCUUCGCUUCGGCUUCAAGUGUAGGCAAUGGCCCCGACCCAUUGUCCCCAGAAGUCAGUCAAGACACUGCUCCAGGAACAAAACUCACUGUCAUGAUGGGCGGCCAUUACUGGGAUGGCAUGGAACAGUAUCCGGACCACGAUAAAGCCGUGGCAAUGGCUUGUUCCAUGCUCAAACGCCACUUGAAUAUCACCGAUAAACCGACGAUUGCCCGGAGUCGUCUGCAGAAAGAUGCUAUCCCGCAGUAUACGGUUGGUCAUCUGGACCGUAUGUACGAUCUUUCGGAAGUUGUCCGUCAUGAGUUUGAUAACCGGCUUGUCCUUGCGGGCAACUGGUAUAAUGGUAUCGGUGUCGGCGAUUGUGUUAAGCAAGGUAUCUUGUCUGCUACAUAUGGUGUUGGGAGACUCAAGCUUGGGGGUGAGAUUAAUCCUUGGCGUCCGUGGGCUGCUUUCGAUUGCGAGAAUUGGCACGUCCAAGGUGGGGUUGUCAUGUCUCCCGUUCGGUUGGUUGAUUCGACCAUUUGA